GGACACCAAGCGAUGGACCCAGUGUGGACAUACUGGGGUUGGGAACCCCAAAGAGAAGCGGCAAGAGAAGACGGACCAGCACCCGCUGCAGACCACGGCCAUCCAGGCCCAGCUUGCCAUGCUGGAAGCGAACAUCGCGAAGGAGGGGGUGCUGCUGAACUUCCGCUGCACCAAGGACCUGGAGCAGGAAUUCCAGCCGGAUCUGGAAGUGGUGCCUUUCAUGCUGACGAUCGGACUACGAGUGCAGGAGGCUCAUGCAGUUCACCGGGCCUUCCAGCUCCUCUCAGGGAGUGCAGUCUGCAAGCUCAUCGGGGCACGGGUGAGACCGGAGAGGCUGGCACGCCACCCGGUAGCCAAGCAGCUCGAGGAGAACUACUUGGCCACACCGUACUGCCCAUGGAGUCGCCGCGCGGCCCGCUGA